CGCUUUCUGUGAUUUUGCGGGAAAUCGAGUUUAUCAUCAUUCACAUCAAAAGGACCCUUCAUCUCAAACUUUCUCCGGUCAGAUGAGACGUGACAGUGAGCAGAACAACUCAUAAAACUUGUUAAUAUUUGUUUAUUGGUCUGCAAUAAAUUAAUCUGCCACCUAAUAUUGAAAUAUAAAGUAAUACUGUUUGGUAUUUAGCCUUAUUGACCCUAUAUCCAUGAUAGAUCGAUUAAUAACAUAUUUGUUUAUUGCGCGAAAAUCCUACUGAUUAUUCUUAACUUUAUAGUUGCCCGUCAUUGAUCAAAGGUCAAGACAUGUAUAUGACAUUAGAGAGGUCGUGUUAGAAACCGGGAAAAACUAUAAAAACACAGUUUACCUCAAGCCAACACAUCAACACAUCAACACGUCACAUAACAACACAAAAACAAGACCCACUAGCAUGUACCACAAAACACAGAAGAAAAAAUAAUCUAUGUAUGAGGAGAUUUUACAUUUGAAUUGAAUUUCGUCAUUUUCAUAGUAAUUUUAUCAAUAUCCUUAAACACGUGUCAGUUCCCUCGUUUAUUUUUUUAAUUCAAUUUAAACGGGUCACGUCAAUCAUUUUUUUCAUUGUAUUAAUAGCAUUGAGAGGGGGUAGAAAUAAUCAUCAAACUUACUGUAUGUAGAAUGUGUUGUCACAAGUUUUACAUACUUGGCCGUGUUUCUCGUCGGAAAUAUUUGAAGACUGGACCGGAAGCGCAGCAGAUCACAACUUUCCCACAUGUGUGGGGUUGAGAGUGUCAGCCUCAUAGCUUAGAGAUAUACCGUAUUUGAAUUACACGUUUUCGUAGAUAACUAGAAUAUCACAGAUAACGAUCGAUACUGAAUCUGUAACACUUGCGUUGGCAAGAUGGCGGAGAUCGUUCAGCAGAGGAUUGAGGAGAGAAUCCCUGAAUUGGAGCAGCUGGAGAGAGUGGGACUGUUCACCAAGAAAGAAGUCAGAUCCAUAAUAAAGAAAGCAACAGCUCUGGAAUACAAGCUCCACAGGUUGAUCCUAAAUAAAGAAGACUUCAUCGCAUACAUUCAGUAUGAAAUCAACGUUUUAGAGCUGAUUAAAAAAAGGCGAGGGCACAUCCAUUACCAGUUCAAAAGAGAGGAGAUCGAGUUUCCCAUCAUACACAGAAUAAACAGUGUCUUCAGUAGAGCAACAAAAAAGUGGAAGAAUGAUGUGCAGCUCUGGCUUUCACAUGUUGCUUUCUGUAAGAAAUGGGCUACCAAAAGCCAGAUCAGUAAGGUGUUCUCGACCAUGCUUGCCAUACACCCUGACAAGCCAGCCAUGUGGAUCAUGGCAGCCAAGAGUGAGCUAGAGGAUAGAGAUUCAUCUGAAAGUGCAAGACACCUUUUUUUGAGGGCUCUGCGCUUCCAUCCAAACAGUAAAAAAGUAUAUCAGGAGUAUUUCCGUAUGGAGCUGCUUCACUGUGAGAAACUGAGGAAGCAGAAGGAAGAGCUGGAGAAGGCUGAGAUGGACCUGGGUGAAUAUGAGUUUUCUCCAGAGAUCCUGAAUGCUAAACUGGCUGAGGUUGUGUACAGAGAGUCAACAGGGAAAAUCAAAGAAGCCGAGUUUGUCCUCUCUCUCCUGAACAUAGCAGCCAUCUUUGAUUUCACCAAAGAACUUCAGGACUCAAUCCUUCAAGACUUACAGUCUAACUACACAGAAGACAGCUUGACGUGGGAUUUCAUGGCCAAAAGGGAACUGGAGGCUCCGGGGGCAGGAGAGGAACUGCAGACGGCUAAAGGCAGAGCUUCCGACAUCAACCGUAGGGAGGAGCGCUGCUGCCAGGUCUAUGAAGAGGGAGUGAAGGGUCUUAAUACAGAGCCCAUGUGGACAUGCUAUGCUGCUUUCUGUUUGGAAAGGCUGAAGAGGAAGACCAACGUGCAAGAGCUACAGGAACAGAGGCAGAAGAGGCUGCUGGGAGUUCUGCAGCGUGCCCAUGACUCCUCACUGCUAAAGGAGGAUUACUAUAAGAACUGGUUGCAGAUCCUUCUCUCAUCUGGAGAUGCUGAGGGAGCAGCCAGAGUUGCCAUGGCAGCCACACAGCACUACAGCCAAUCGGUGACAGUGUGGAGUCUGAGUCUGCAGACGCUUAUACGGCUGGGAAGUGGUGAUGUGAGCCGACUAUUCCAGGAUGCUCUCACACAUGUUAAUCCCAAGGAGAGCCUUCCUCUUUGGCAGCUGCAGAUCCAGUGGAGCAUGGCCAACCAGAGUCCUGAGGAGACAGAGGCUACCUUCAAGAGAGGUCUGCUGUCUACUGUGGCAGCCGUUGCCAUGGAGAUGAAAGAGAGCUACCUUGAUUGGUCGUUCUCCACCGGUGGCUACAAAAAAGCCAGGAAGACUUUUAUAAGCUUACAGGAAAUCCGUCCAUUGUCCAAGGCCUUUUUUACCCAAAUGAUCCAGAUUGAGAAGGAGCAAGAGACACCAAAGAUCAACAGUCUGAGAGAUUACUACGAGAGAGCCCUGCAGGAGUUUGGCACUUCAGAUGAUGAUCUGUGGCUGCAGUACAUCCAGGAGGAGCUAGGGCCUCUUGGACAGCCAGAGAACUGUGGGAAGAUCCACUGGAGAGCAAUGAAGUUUCUAGAGGGGGAGAGUUUGGAGAGGUUCACUUCCAAAUACACUCUCUUUCAGACUGGACACUUAUGAACAGCCUCCCUAGAGGGCUUAUCAAGCCCUGUCAGUUCAGAUGAUGACAGUAAAUGUUCCAAUAACUGUGCGCAAGUGUAUCAGCCUUAAGGAGCAGUAGAUUUCAGAGCAGGUGUUCCUCUUAGUUCUGUGGAAAGCUGCUGCCAUGACUAUACAUGAACUGUUUCAACUGGAAGGACAAUGCAGCAGUUUCAAGGAAUUCAGCUUGCAGCUAAAAGUUGUAAUAUUUAAGUUUUAAAUUCCAACUUGAACCCAUUUUCCAGUUUCAUUUAUAACCGUUUGUGCUGACUGUGAUACUAGUCUGAUAUGGGAUACAUAUUGUGUUGUACAGAUCCCCAGUUAAAUUGAAUUCCACAUCUAUUUGAUAAGAAAAACUCUGUUAAUAAAAGAGUGUUAAAAGCUGUCUCUAA